AAUUUUAUCGAUUCGGCCGACAACAGAGAAAUGCAAAUCUUCGUGAAAACCCUAACCGGCAAAACCAUCACUCUCGAAGUCGAGAGCUCAGACACAAUCGACAAUGUGAAGGCGAAGAUCCAGGACAAGGAAGGGAUUCCGCCGGAUCAGCAGCGCCUGAUCUUCGCCGGGAAGCAGUUGGAGGACGGCAGAACCCUAGCCGAUUACAACAUCCAGAAGGAAUCCACGCUCCACCUCGUCCUCCGCCUUCGCGGCGGCUCCGGCAGCACCUGGCGGAUUCCUUUUGUGGCCAAUCACUUGCUGAAGAAGAUCACCCAGCUGAACGAGGUCUCUAAGAAGGAGUUGAUCAAGACCUGGUCUAGGGCUUCCACCAUCAUUCCGGAAAUGGUGGGGCACCGCGUUUCCGUCUACGAUGGGAGGAAACACGUGCCGUUUCGCAUCUCUGAGAAUAUGGUGGGGCAUAAAUUGGGGGAAUUGAAGCCGCGGCGCCACAAUCGGAAGGAGGUUCAUGCGCGCGCCAAGGCUGCCACUAAGAAGAAGAAGUAAGCCACUCUUGCGGAACAGAUUUGUUGGUUCAAUGGUAUGAAUUUUAUCGCGCAUUAGCAUUAGAGAUUUUGAACUGAUACCAGUGGACAAUUAACUUUGGUUCUAUCUUGAAUAACAAGCAUUGUCUUUUCCAAUUUAA